AUGGGACUUUUUCUGGACGUUCUCUUUGGCGGAGGAGUCGCCCUAGGGAUGGCAAUUUUGGUCCUGGUCUCCUGGGGCAUUUAUUACGAUUUUAGGAGAACCAAGAUCCCUUUGGGAUUUCAGAAUCCACUGAAGCUGCGUCUCCUUCACGUGGGUAUCGUGAUGCUCUUCACACUGGGGAAGACCUUGGAAAUCUUGCACGUAUGCAGACAAGUCGCUUUCAUUCGCUUCCUGAUAUCUUUCAAGAAAUCCAAGAUCCAUCCCGGAGUUUACGCAAAAGAUUUCGACUUUGACGGGAUUCCGGUCCGGGUUUAUUAUCCCAAAUCCCCCUGGGCCGGUUGGAGGAAAGGGCUGGUUUUCUGCCACGGAGGGGCCGGCAUGAUUGGCAGCAUCCGUUACUACCAAGACAUCACCAGUAAAAUCGCGAAGGAGAGCGAGGCUGUGGUGGUCGUGGUUGGCUACCGCCUCUCCCCGGAGCACCCCUUCCCCACUCAGUGGGAGGACUGUCUCACCGCCACCGUGCACUUCCUGAAACACGCCAAAGAGCACGGCGUGGACCCUACACAGGUCGUCAUCGGCGGGGACAGCGCGGGGGGCAACUUCGCCACCGUCAUCACCCAAGAAAUCCUCCGACGUCCGGACCUCCCUAAACUCUGCGCUCAGGUCCUCAUCUACCCGGGUCUCCAAGCUCUGGAUUUCAACCUCCCGUCGUACCAGCAGAACGCGGCCAUGCCUAUCCUCUUCCAGGACAGUGUGGUGUUCUACGGGCUCAAGUUCCUCUUGAAGGAUUCCUCGUUGGCCGACGAUAUCUUGAAGGGUUGCCACGUGCCAGACGGGCUGAGGCAGAAGUACGCAAAGUGGCUCAGUUUGGACAACAUCCCGGAGCGAUUUAAACGCCGGGAGUACCAGAGACGCCCGUUGGGACAGUUCAAGCCGGAGGUCCACGACCAAGUGCCCAAUCUCCUGCACGCCACCUUUUCGUCCCUCUUGGUCGAAGACGAGGCCUUGAGACGCUUCCCGGAGACGUUUAUCGCCAGUUGCGAGUACGACGUGCUGCGGGAUGACGCGUUGCUGUACAAGAAGCGGUUGGAGGACAAUGGGGUGAAGGUCUCGUGGUUCCACGCCGAGCAAGGCUUUCACGGCAUCAUCAACCUCUGCUAUAUGAAUUUCGUCCGGUUUCCGGACGGCGUGGAGAUAUUGGAGAAAGUGGCUGAGUUUCUCCGGGGUUUGUGAGACGCCGAGAGAUUUCGGCGCUUUGCUUUAAAAAAGGUCAAGGAGUCGUGGACUUGCGACG